UGUUCAUUGGUUGCAAUAAAAACAGUCCAUCAGAUAGCCAGAGGGCUGUAAAACGUUUCAGACUUAUGAAAUAUCACAGCCAAGAUAUUAUUGCCGAGAUUAAAGUAUGGAUUUCAAAGGGGUGCUUGUGAAAAUCUUCGCCCGAGAUCGGGAAAUCGUAUUAUGCGCUGCAGGCACAGCAGUUGCUCUGCUCGGACUCGGUCUAGUAUAUAAAUAUAACGUUAGGCGUCCAGAGAAAAAGUUCACUCGAGUGGGAGUUGUUACUCAACUGCUGCUUCAUCCUAUGAAGUCUGGGAAAGCAGUGCUGGUGGAGACAGCAGAAUGUCUGCGAAUUGGGCUGAAAUAUGGCCAGCUGCGGGAUCGGCACUGGCUGGUCAUCACGGAGGACGGACACAUGGUGACGGCCAGACAGCAGCCGCGUCUGGUGCUGGUGUCUUUGAGCUGUGAAGACGGCCAGCUGUGUCUCAGUGGACCGCAGAUGGAGGAGCUGAGGGUUCCUCUUCAGCAGUCCAGUAAUGCAGUUGUGGACUGCAGAGUCUUCAGCAGAGACGUUCAGGGCAGGGACUGUGGGGACGAUGUGUCUAACUGGCUCACACGAUACCUUGAAUCUGACAAGACUGUUCGUCUGGUGCAUUAUGAACCUCAUCUGAAGGCCCAAAGGCCUUCUGAGAAAGAUCCCCUCUUUCCUGAGGACGAAAAGGUGGCCUAUCCUGAUGCUGCUCCCAUCAUGCUGAUGUCAGAGGCCUCUGUUAGGGACCUGAAUACCCGACUGGAUAAAGAUGUUACUGUCUUUCAGUUUCGUCCCAGUAUUGUUGUCAGUGACUGUGAGGCCUUCACAGAGGACACAUGGGAUCAUAUUCAGAUUGGUCAAGUGGAGUUGAAGAGAGUCGUUGGCUGUGGAAGAUGUGUUUUAACCACUGUUGACCCCGAGACUGGAAUCAUCACCAGGAAAGAACCACUGGACACUCUCAAAGCCUAUCGACUGACUGACCCUAAGCAGAAAACUGCGCCAAUAUUGGGACAGUACUACAUCGUCAAGAAAACGGGUGUUCUUCAUGUGGGUGAACCUGUUUAUAAGAUCAGCUAUUGAAAUGGCCAAACUGGAUGAAUGGAGAACCUUAUUUUAAAUCUAGUGACUAAUUUGCAAGCAUCAUUGCUUACAAACACCGCUUCUAAUGCUUGAAUGAAUCAGUAUUCUUUUCAUAAAAGUUUAAUUUGAAGAAGAAAAAUAAAAUAUAUACAUUUUGUGAAAUGUUCUAUAUUAACUGUAGAAUUAUGGUGGGGAUGUGUGGGAGAUUCCAGAACCAUUAGGUUUUUUAGGAGUUAAAGGGAUAGUUUACCCAAAAAUUAAGUUGUCAUUAUUUACUCCAACCUGAGUGAACUAAUUCUUUUAUGUGAAAUGAGACGAUGUGAUUUGUGUUUACUAUAUUCAGCAUUCUAUAUUUUAGGUACCUGGAAAUGACCUAUGUAUUGGGGAUAUAAUUGUCAAAAUGUAUAAUGGUCUGGUUUCAUGUAACCGCUAAUAUCAGGAUGUUAAUUCAAACACUGUCUGUGUCUCCUAAAAGAAAGGCAUGAGUAUUUGUCAUUAAUCAAAAUAUUGAUGUUUUUUCAUUAUUGAUUUCUCUAAAGAUAUUAAAAGAAUUUCAACUAUCA